GAGAGAGAGAGAGAGAGAGACAGCCCCACCCACAGCCUCAGAGAGGGGGAGAGAGAGAGAGAGGGGAGAGGAGAGGAGCAGGUCGGGUGGGGGAGGGAGAAAUCCUCAUGGAGACUCAGCUCUCAUCAGACACAAAGGAUCAGGUCUAAGGAUCAGGUCUGAGGAUCAGGUCUAAGGAUCAGGUCUGAGGAUCAGGUCUGAGGAGACACAGUGGAGGAGCUCAGUGACACUGUUUAUAAUCUGAGUAGAAAAUCUGGACUCAGAUUAUCAGAUUAUGACACUGAUUCAAACACUUAAUCCCACCUCAGCACAACAAUCCAACACAGCUGAUCAGCAGGACUCAGGAGGAGAAAAGGCUCCAUCCAACAAGUCGAACCCUCAAUCUUCAUCCUCUCCUCUAGAGGACCAACACAGACCCGGGUCAGCGAAGACCGACCUCCACAUUUCAGAGAUCAUGUAGGUCCGGUUCUGCUGUCAGCAGGAGUCAAACUCAUCUGGACCUGCUGACAUUAGAUCAUCUGAGACCCAGCAGGUCCACAAUGUUGUAAGAGGAGGAUCAUGGAGGUCUGCAGCAGACCAUCAAACGUUCACCAGAACUGUACUGAGAAGACCACAGCGAAGACGAUUCACGCCAAGGAGCGUGACGAAGGUUUAGGACGACAGUCAGGGAGGAGGAAUCAGAUCCUGUCGAUCAAUAAUCUGAGGAUAAAUCAAUAUGAGAGCUCCUCUCCAAACCCUGAAGGGACCAUCUGUGGUCACCUGAGCGAUGAGGAGCGAGAGAGAGGGAGAUGUCUCCCUGUGUGA